UAUAUAUAGUUGUUUUAUUUUAAAAUAUAUAUAUGAAGCAUUAUGGUGUAAGAAAAUCCGGUGGCGUUGUUGGUAUGUAAACCAGUAAAAAAAAAUCAAAUACGAAAAAUUAGUGAUGUGACCUAAGAACGUGGUGUCCGUAAUCAAAAAUCAAAGACGUGUUGAGCUGUUACCAAUCUCUCUUUCUUUCGGCUUCUUAUUAUUACACCCCCUUUGCAAGCUGUAAUUGAAUGAGAGCUGAUUUUGGACUUAAAUCCUCCACAACCAAAUCUCCUCUUCUUCAAACUCACACACUGCUCUCUUAUUCUCUCUCUCUCUCUCUCUUUUUCUAGAAGAGCUUUUCUCGUAUAAAUUAUCUACCAAUGUCACCAUGAUUUAGAGACGUUUUGCUCGGCUUUCUUCUCCACGCGUCUCUCUUUCCGUUUUUCUGGUAUCGUUCUCUGACAAUGAGAUCAAAGUCGUAGCCUUUUCUGGGGUUUUGUUACAAACAUUCAACCGGCUUGAUAGCCUUGAAACCAGGGGAAGAAGAAAGAAGAAGGGAUUCGGUCUACAAUAGAAAACCCAGAAAAAGAAAAGAGUUUUUGUUUUUGAGAUCAGACGUUAACAAUGGCACCGUCGUUUGAUUGGUGGGCAAAGGACAGCCGGCGAGGUACGCCGGUGGUUGUCAAGAUGGAGAAUCCAAACUGGUCCAUGGUCGAGCUGGAGGGUCCGAUCGAUGAUGACUUCCUCAUGGCCGACUCACCGGUUCGGGCCCGUGACAAGGGCCGGAGCAGAAACGCCAAGCAGCUCACUUGGGUCCUCCUCCUCAAGGCCCACAGAGCCGCCGGUUGCUUAACUUCCAUUGCUUCUGCAAUGUUCGGCCUCGCCGCCGUUGUACGACGCCGUUUAGCCUCGGGUCGUACGGACACUGAGCAUGAUAGAGACGCCGGUGGCCGUGGACGUCGGGAAACAGAGAACCCGGCUGUGAAAAGCCGGUUUUAUGGUUGUAUUAAGGUGUUUCUGUGGUUGUCUUUGCUUAUGCUUGGGUUUGAAGUAGCGGCAUACUUUAAGGGAUGGCAUUUUGGGGCUUCGAACCUUCAAUUGCAGUACUUGUGGAAUGCACAACUUGGGGUCAAGGGUGCUUUCGAUUGGGUUUAUUUCAAGUGGGUUUUCGUUCGGGUUGAGUAUCUCGCUCCUCCUCUGCAGUUCUUGGCUAAUGCUUGUAUUGUCCUGUUCCUUAUCCAGAGCUUGGAUAGGCUACUCCUCUGCUUGGGUUGCUUCUGGAUCCGCUUAAAGAAGAUCAAACCUGUUCCUAAGAAUGGUGUAUUGGAUCUUGAAACUGGAGAGAAUGGUUACUUCCCUAUGGUCCUUGUGCAGAUCCCCAUGUGCAAUGAAAAGGAGGUUUAUCAGCAAUCGAUUGGUGCUGUUUGCAACUUAGACUGGCCAAAGUCAAAGAUGCUAAUUCAAGUUCUUGAUGAUUCGGAUGACCCAAUAGCUCAAACACUUAUCAAAGAAGAGGUCAAUAAAUGGCAACGUCAGGGUGCCCGCAUUGUAUAUCGGCAUAGAGUGCUUAGAGAUGGUUACAAGGCUGGUAAUCUUAAGUCUGCCAUGAAUUGCAACUAUGUUAGAGACUAUGAGUUCGUCGCCAUUUUUGAUGCCGAUUUUCAGCCCACCUCUGAUUUUCUUAUGAAAACAGUUCCUCACUUCAAGGAUAACGAGGAACUUGGUCUGGUUCAGGCAAGAUGGUCCUUUGUGAACAAGGAUGAGAACUUACUCACAAGGUUACAGAACAUUAAUUUAGCGUUCCACUUUGAGGUAGAGCAGCAAGUGAAUGGUUGCUUAAUUAACUUCUUUGGGUUUAAUGGGACGGCUGGUGUGUGGAGAAUUAAGGCCUUGGAGGAUUCUGGUGGAUGGUUGGAGAGAACUACUGUUGAAGACAUGGACAUUGCUGUUCGUGCUCAUCUUCAUGGCUGGAAAUUCAUCUUUCUCAACGAUGUUGAGUGCCAGUGUGAAUUACCCGAAUCCUAUGAAGCUUAUAGGAAACAACAACACAGAUGGCAUUCAGGGCCUAUGCAGCUGUUUAGGCUUUGCUUGCCUGAUAUAAUCAAGUCAAAGAUCAGCUUUUGGAAGAAGUUCAAUUUGAUAUUCCUCUUCUUUCUUCUCAGAAAACUGAUAUUGCCCUUUUACUCCUUCACACUUUUUUGCAUUAUUCUCCCAAUGACAAUGUUCAUUCCAGAGGCUCAGCUCCCAGCAUGGAUUGUGUGUUAUAUCCCCGCUACCAUGUCCUUUCUCAAUAUCCUCCCAGCUCCCAAAUCAUUCCCUUUCAUUGUCCCUUACCUUCUUUUUGAGAACACUAUGUCAGUGACCAAGUUCAACGCCAUGAUCUCGGGGCUAUUCCAGCUUGGCAGUGCUUACGAGUGGGUUGUGACAAAGAAGUCUGGCCGCUCAUCAGAAGGUGAUCUCACCUCUUUGGUUGAGAAAGAGCUGAAGCAUCAAAGAGGGGUCUCAGUUCCGGACCUUAAUGAUAUGAAGGAAGAAAUCAAACAGCAUGAUGAAAAGGCCUCUAAGAAGAAGAAGUCGAAACACAAUAGGAUGUAUACAAAAGAAUUGGCUUUGGCCUUCCUUUUACUUGCAGCAUCAGCAAGAAGCUUGCUCUCUGCUCAGGGUAUUCAUUUCUACUUCUUGCUCUUUCAGGGUAUAGCUUUUCUUCUGGUUGGUCUUGACUUAAUUGGAGAGCAAGUUCAGUGAACAUAACAUGAAUUAGGGACAUUUUUAAGUAGAAAUAUAUAUAUAAAUGAUAAUACAAAGCAUGAGUGGUCAACGUUCUCAACUCAAGUACAGUUGACUCGGAACAUUUAGAGGGAGUUUGAGAUGCUAGCCCUCCACACUUUGAUCUGCUUCACCAAAUACCAGAAACCCCAACAAGAAGAAAAAAAAGGUUGUGAUAAUUAUGGAAAAAAGAAUUCCUUAGUUUUGGGGUAAAAUGGUGAUUUCUUUUCACUAUUUAGGUUUCACUUUUUUUUUUCUUUUCAACUUUAUUUUCAUUCUUUCGUUUUUGGAUAAAUUCUUUUGUAAGAAAAAAAAAAUGUCGUUGGAAACAGUGAACAGGGGAUUUAGUUACUUUUGUAGUAGAUUAGCUUUCAACUCACUCUCUCCCUUUAAUUGCAUUUCAAGUGGGAAUUGUUGGGUAAUGUUUGAUUCUGAAAUGGGUUGUUUUCUUCGACCACGGAUGGCAUGAUAUGUUCAUAAUUGAAAUCGAGUCAUGUUUCUAGGGUAAUAUGAGCAUGUGCAAAUGAGCUGGUUUAAUGUUUUUUCAACUUAGUAUAGGCGUUUUGAACGAUAUAAUCUGUGUACAAGAAAAAGGAAAACUGGUUUGAAUUGAUUGAUAAAGUGAAGUUUGUUUUAUCUUUAUAUGAAACAGUUGAUAAUAAAUGUCAGAAAGUAGUAAUAUGUGUCAUUGUUUGUACUA